GCAAACCAACUCCAAAUUAACCAGCGCUUAAGACUUAAGUGACUAGUCUCUCCAAAUCCAAUGUCUCCUCUCUUGAUAAUCUUCCUCCUACACAUGACAACCGGUGCCACCGCAGACCUCCGGACCGGUUAUUACUCGGGAGUGUGCCCAAAAGCCGAAUCCAUCGUCCGAGAUGUCAUGAAGAAGGCUUUGAUAAGAGAACCCCGGAGCCUUGCCUCAGUCAUGCGACUCCAGUUUCAUGAUUGCUUUGUUAAUGGUUGUGAUGCUUCACUGUUACUUGAUGACACACCAACUAUGCUCGGAGAAAAACUCGCCCUUGCAAAUAUAAAUUCAUUGAGAUCUUAUGAAGUUGUUGAUGAAGCCAAGGAAGCUUUGGAGAAGGCAUGUCCUGGAGUUGUUUCAUGCGCUGAUAUCAUUAUCAUGGCUUCUAGAGAUGCUGUUGCCCUGACUGGAGGACCAGGUUGGGAAGUGAAGUUGGGAAGAUUGGAUAGCUUAACAGCAAGCCAAGAAGCUUCAGACAAUGUAAUGCCAAGUCCAAGAUCCAAUGCCACCUUUCUCAUUGAUCUAUUCAGCAAAUUCAAUCUUUCUGCAAAAGACAUGGUUGCGCUCUCUGGAUCACAUUCCAUUGGCAAAGCUCGGUGCUUUUCGAUCAUGUUUCAGCUGUAUAACCAAUCUGGCACUGGCAAGCCGGACCCUGCCAUUGAACCCAAGUUUAGAGAAAAGCUAGACAAGCUCUGUCCUUUGAAUGUGGACCAAAACGUGACCGGAGACCUUGAUGCAACAUCAGUGCUAUUUGAUAAUCAGUACUUCAAGGACUUGGUUUCCGGGAGAGGGUUUCUGAAUUCGGAUCAAACUCUUUUCACAUUUCCGCGGACAAGGGAAUUUGUUAAUCAGUUCAGCAUUGAUCAAGAAGGAUUUUUCAAGGCUUUUGUUGAGGGGAUGCUAAAGAUGGGUGACUUGCAGGUCCAGCAACCUGGGGAGAUAAGGAAAAAUUGCAGGGUGGUCAAUCCAAAAAAUAAUUAA